CCUCUCACAACGAACCUGUAAACACAGUACAUAGCAUCUGACUUCUCUGUCAUAUGCUCAACAGUUCAUUGAGUUCAGCUGAGCUUCAGAUUUGAACUCAGGGUUCAAAAUCACUUUCACUUCUCUCCUUUGGAGAUUCUCCCGUCAGGAUGUGGUUGUACCUCCUGUGCGGCGCCACCUUGCUGAUAGCGUAUGUACUGCACACACUGCUGACCACUUCUGGCAGCAGCUAUGGAGGCAACAGUCUGGAGGCUUUCAUAAGUCAGGAAGGUGACCUAGCAACAGAGAAGAUGAUUGACAGAUCUGCAGACAGAUACUCAGUGAACUACACAGACCCUGGGAAACAGGUCCUGGUCAUGUUUGGCACUGAAUAUGGCUGUAGCGAGGAGGUGGCCAAAAAACUCUUUGAUAGUGUUGCGUCCCUCCCACUAGAUGGCAGUGGUGCACGGCUGCAGCCCAGACUGGUGAAUGCCCAACAGCACAGUGCAGUAGACUGGAGUCAGGAAAGAGUGCUGCUGAUGGUUAUAUCUACCAGUGGGGAUGGCGUCCCACCAACAGAUGCCAGAGACUUUUGUGACUGGCUGCUGGGAACUCGAGACAUGGAAAUGUCCCACCUUCACUACUCUGUCUUAGCCUUGGGUGACUCCAACUACCCACACUUCUGUCGGACUGGGAGGAGUCUGGAUAAAAGGCUGACAGACCUUCGUGCCACCCAACUCGUGCCUCGCUCUGAUGUGGACCAGGAAGACUGGAGCGUCAUAGACUCCUGGAUUGAUGCAGUUCUGGACGUCCUGCCUGCUGUUGCUAUAGAGACCAAACUGGACUACCUGUCACUCGAUGCAGUCUCCUCUGACCAGGCAUACCAUAGAACAAGGCCUUUCAUGGCAACUAUGACAGUGAAAAGAAGCCUUACAGUACAGGAGACAUCUGAUGAUAAGGAAACCAUCCACUGUGAGUUUGAGCUGGCAGGAAGUGGUCUAACCUUCACCGCAGGAGAUGCCCUGGGAAUCUACCCACAGAACAACCCAGCAGAAGUCAGAGCAGUGCUGACAGCUCUCCAGGCUACAGGAACAGAACUGGUGGCAGCUCCAUCAUGGGUGUACCACCCCCAACCAGAUGGGAAAAUUCCUCUUGAGGAGGCCUUGAUGAAGUAUUAUGACCUGAAGCAUGUGAACCCAGAACUUGUGAAGCUGCUCACCAAACACACAUCCAACAGGAAGGAGAGGUUGGAAGGAGAAAGGCUGCUGAAGGAUGGGCUGUCCAAAAAUAACAUUGUCCUCUGGAGCUACCUGCAAUCCAACGAGGUAGCAGAUGUGCUGAGGAACUUCCAGAGAGCGCAUCCACCCCUUCAUCUGUUGUUGAGCAAGCUAAAGGGUCUUCAGCCAAGAUACUACUCCAUCGCCUCUUCCCCUGUUCUGGACCCGGAGAAGGCCAGUGUGACAGCUGCCGUGGUGCGAUACAGUCUGCACGGGAUCCCGCGCACUGGGGUCACCACCACGUAUCUUCAGGACAGGCUCCAGGUCAACCAAUUGUGUCCCGUCUUCAUCAGCCACACCCCUGACUUCAGGUUGCCUAGCAACAACAACCUGUCAAUCAUCAUGAUCGGCCCCGGAACAGGCAUUGCACCUUUUAUGGCUUUUAUACAAGAAAGAGUUGCUACAGGUGCAUCUGGAGACAACAUUCUCUACUUUGGAUGCCGACAUAGAAGCAAGGAUUUUCUCUACAAAAGUGAACUAGAGUCUUGGACCAAGAACAGGAGCUUGAGACUGAGAGUUGCCUUCUCCAGAGAUCAAGACAAGAAGAUCUAUGUGCAAGACCUGCUUCAAACAGAUGCCAAGAACAUAUGGAGACAUCUGCAGAACGGAGCUCACGUCUACGUGUGUGGUGAUGCCAGACACAUGGCGCAUGACGUGCACCAGGCUCUGACGGACAUCUGUCAGGGACAGGGAGACAUGGACGCUGGACAGGCCAGGACUUUCCUGCUGGAGAUGGAACAGGUCAACAGAUACCAGAAGGACGUGUGGGUCACCUGACCUGUCAUGAACUUUACCCUUUGACCUGGUGUGUGGAGCAUGAGUUCCUGUUCUUGCCUACAUGUACAUCUUUUAAACAAAGAAAUCUGGGUAAAUCUGCUAUACACAAAUGCAAUAUUCCUAAUAAGAUGUCACACAUCCACUAAAAUAUUUUGACAAUAGAAUGAUCUAAAUUUGGUAACAAUUUCAUGUCUUUCUUUCUUUGAAGAAGCAUUUGACAAACAAUAUUGGUUUAUUACAUUUAUUCAAAAUCAGAAUCAAUAUAAAAAUCUGCAUCAAUAGUUUCUUCUGUAGUUAGAACAUUGUUCUAAAAAUAUGACACGAUUUGAUAAUCUGAAAACUCAGGGAUGGAGUUUGCUUCCAAUACAUGUCAACUGCUCAGGGAGUACUACAUGUGUAGUACAUAUUUGAUGAAAACAGCUAUUAAAAUUAUGUACAUUGUACUUUUUACACUCAGUCUUGUCAAGCGGUAUGGACAAUUCUUUGUAUGUCUUUUCAAAAAUAUGAAUUUUCCAUUGU